GGAAAUCCAGCUUCUGCGACGAUUACGGCACAAAAACGUUAUCCAGUUGGUAGAUGUGUUAUACAAUGAAGAGAAGCAGAAAAUGUAUAUGGUGAUGGAGUACUGUGUGUGUGGGAUGCAGGAAAUGCUGGACAGUGUCCCAGAAAAGAGGUUUCCAGUCUUUCAGGCUCACGGGUACUUUUGUCAGCUGAUAGACGGCUUGGAAUACUUGCACAGCCAAGGGAUUGUCCACAAGGAUAUAAAACCAGGGAACCUCCUGCUGACAACCAACGGGACACUAAAAAUAUCCGAUUUAGGCGUAGCAGAGGCAUUGCAUCCGUUCGCGGAGGACGACACGUGCAGAACGAGCCAAGGGUCGCCAGCGUUCCAGCCCCCGGAGAUUGCCAAUGGCCUUGACACCUUUUCGGGCUUUAAAGUAGACAUCUGGUCUGCGGGGGUCACGCUAUACAACAUCACAACGGGUCUGUACCCCUUCGAAGGGGAUAAUAUCUAUAAGUUAUUUGAAAACAUCGGGAAAGGUGACUACACGAUUCCAGAGGAUUGUGGCCCUCCGCUCUCGGACUUGUUGAGAG